AGCUUCACGGAGGACUACGACCCUGUGUUGGCGGCGAAGCUGGAGGAAGCUGCAAAGUUCAAAGCCUGCAACGAGCUGCUCUUCUGGAGACUCAAUUUCGAAGCUUCAGCUCCUUCUCUUUUUGCUGCCUUCUUGGAGCGUGCGGAGCAGCAGAAAGGCGAGCAGCAGCAGCAGCAGCAGCAGCAGCAGCAGCAGCAGCAGCAAAUAACAAAUGAAGAAUAG